AUGCUGCAACCUGUUGUUCUGAAUGAAGAUGGCAGAAGUAACACAGUAGCAUCAAACAAAUUCAUAAUGCACAUAGCACUCAUGAACCACUUUCAAAUAACAAAGCCAAUUUCGAUUGACUUUUUUGUUACAAAAUAUAAAGUCAACAUGCCUGCAGUGUGUUCAGCGUUCAACUGCACAAAUCGCAGCGAUAAAACAACAAAUAUUUCAUAUUAUAAAUUUCGUUUAAAAGAUAAGGAAAUUACGAAAAGAUGGGUUAUAAAUAUGAAGCGAGAAAAUUGGUUUCCUACUACAGCCAGUUACCUCUGUUCAGCUCAUUUUGAAGAGAAAUAUAUGUACCACACAAAUGUCCAGAGGCGCCUUUUGUCAAAAGCAGGACCUACUAUCUUUAACUUUCCACCACAUUUACAAAAGCAAGAUAAAGUAUUACGACCACAACCCAGAAAGCGAUCUUUCGACAAUUUGCAAGAUAGUGCUGUUACAAUGACAUCAUUAGCACAAUUGCCUGUCGGACCCACAUCUGUUUCUGCUGACCACAAUUACUGUCUACCAAGCCCUAAGAAGUUGAAAACACAAUGUAACAGAGUACAAGCAGAGAAUGUGCGACUAAAGAAGCGGAUAAAGCAAAUGAAGCAACUUAGUGAGCUAUUGGAACUUCAGUGCAGUGCUAAAGUAUGCCAUUAUUCUCAGCAAAUAAGGAAAUUUGCCCUGACCCUACACUUUUAUUCUGCCAAGGCAUAG